GAAUCGGAAAAUCUCGACGCUUUUACGACAUGCCCUGAACGCAGCAUGACACAAUGACAACGAAGAUGGCGUGUUGUGGGAACUGUUUUUGUUGCCAAUGUUGCUGCAGAGAAGGAGAGACACGGACCCCCGAGGAACUGGCGAUCCUUGGGGAAAUCCAAGUUGAAGAAGAUGAGAUUCUACCCAGGAAAGACUAUGAGAGCUUGGAUUAUGACCGCUGCAUCAGUGAACCCUACAUGGAGAUUCUGGAGGGGAUGAACAGCAAGAAAACCAAAAAGUAUGAAGCAGUACGGUGGAUGAUGAUGUUUGCUAUCGGAGUCACAGUGGGUCUGGUGGGCCUGUUUGUGGAUUUCUUUGUGCGCCUCUUCAGCCAAAUCAAAUUCACUCUGGUUGGUGAUUCUAUAGAGAAGUGCAGCGACAAAGGCUGUCUCCCUCUGUCCCUGCUGGAGCUCCUGGCCUUCAACAUGACCUUCGUCUUCAUCGCCAGUGUGCUCGUCCUCAUCGAGCCAGUAGCUGCAGGUUCGGGGAUCCCAGAAAUCAAAAGUUACCUAAACGGAGUGAAGAUUCCAGGAAUCGUCCGGCUGCGAACGUUUCUCUGCAAAGCUGCCGGAGUCCUGUUCAGUGUGGCUGGAGGUCUCUUUGUGGGGAAAGAAGGUCCGAUGAUACACAGUGGAGCCAUUGUGGGAGCUGGCCUUCCUCAGUUUCAGAGCAUCACUUUCAAAAGGAUCAACUUCGAUUUCCCCUACUUCCGCAGUGACAGGGACAAGCGAGACUUUGUGUCAGCGGGCGCUGCUGCCGGAGUAGCUGCUGCCUUCGGUGCUCCUAUCGGUGGCACGCUCUUCAGUCUGGAGGAGGGCUGCUCUUUCUGGAACCAGGGCCUCACUUGGAAAGUGCUCUUCUGUUCGAUGUCGGCCACUUUCACCCUCAACUUCUUCCGUUCUGGGAUCAACUUUAACAAGUGGGGCUCCUUCCAGCUGCCCGGUCUGCUCAACUUUGGAGAGUUCAAGUGUUCAGAUGGAGAUAAGAACUGCCACCUGUGGACAGCAGUGGACCUGGCCUUCUUUGUCCUGAUGGGGGUGGUGGGAGGCCUGCUGGGGGCGCUCUUCAACUGCAUGAACAAGAGCCUGGCCAAGUAUCGCAUCAGACACAUCCACCCCAAGGCCAAGUUUAUCAGAGUUCUAGAGAGUCUGCUGGUUGCCAUGGUGACAACAGUGGUGAUAUUUGCAGCUUCCAUACUGUUGGGUGAAUGCCGUGAGCUGUCCUCCCCGACAACCCAUAACACCACGCUGUCCGGCAGUGAGGACAUCAACUCAACCAUUCGCCAGUUCUUCUGCACCAACAAGACCUACAAUGACAUGGCCACGUUGUUCUUCAACCCGCAGGAGGCUGCCAUCCAUCAGCUCUUCCACCAGGAUGGUACCUUCAGCCCCGUGACUCUGUCUGUGUUCUUCCUGCUGUACUUCCUGUUGGCCUGCUGGACCUACGGUUUGUCUGUACCCAGUGGUCUCUUUGUCCCCUCGCUGCUCUGUGGGGCGGCUUUUGGACGUCUGGUUGCCAACAUCCUCAAAGUGAAACUGGGAAUGGCCAUCUACUCUGGGACCUUCGCUCUCAUCGGAGCUGCCGCCUUCCUCGGAGGCGUCGUCAGAAUGACCAUCAGUCUGACUGUCAUCCUCAUUGAAUCCACCAAUGAAAUCACAUACGGGCUGCCCAUCAUGAUCACUCUAAUGGUUGCCAAGUGGACUGGAGAUUUCUUCAACAAGGGCAUCUAUGACAUCCACAUCGAGCUGAGAGGAGUGCCACUGCUGGAGUGGGAGACUGAGGCUGAAAUGGACAAGCUGACAGCCAGUGAUAUCAUGGAGCCCAACUUGACCUAUGUGUACCCCCACACCCGUGUCCAGUCUCUCGUCAGCAUCCUACGCACCACCGUCUACCACGCCUUCCCGGUGGUCACUGAGAACCGGCAGAACGAACGGGACUUCAUGAAGGGCAACAUCCUGGUCAGCAACAACAUCCACUUCAAGAAGUCCAGUGUUGUGUCCCGUGCGGGGGAACAGCGGCGGCGCUGCCAGUCCAUGAAGUCGUACCCGUCCAGCGAGCUGCGAAACGUUUGUGACGAACACAACGCCGCGGUGGAGCCCGCAGAGGAGGGAGAGGACCUGCUGCAGCAGAUGUUAGAGAGGAGGUAUGCGCCGUACCCGAACCUGUACCCGGACCAGUCUCCCAGUGAGGAGUGGACCAUGGAGGAGCGCUUCAGACCGCUCACCUUCCACGGCCUCAUCCUGCGCUCGCAGCUGGUCAACCUGCUCAUCAGAGGGGUCUGCUACGCUGAAAACCAGUCGAGCGCCACUCAGCCCCGGUUGUCCUAUGCAGAGAUGACUGAAGAUUACCCACGUUACCCGGACAUCCAUGACUUGGACCUGGCCCUGCUCAACCCCCGCAUGAUAGUGGAUGUCACCCCCUACAUGAACCCGUGUCCCUACACCGUUUCGCCCAACACACACAUCUCCCAGGUGUUCAACCUGUUCAGGACCAUGGGCCUGCGACACUUACCCGUUGUUAACGCUGUCGGAGAAAUUGUUGGAAUAAUCACAAGACACAAUUUAACCCACGAGUUCCUCGUGGCCAAACUGCGACAGCACUGCAUCACUAUUUGACCCGACUGUGGAUGUUCUGCCGUCCUCCCAGCCCCAGACUCUGUUCAGCCGGGGCCCUGAACAUUUGUCUUUGUCCAUUCCUAAUAGCAUGCACAAAUUCUCUGUGGUACGAUAGGGAAGACACUAACAUUCAGUUGUAAGUCUGAUAUUGUCAAUGACUAAGGCUACGUUCACACCGCAAGUCUUAAUGCUUAAUUCAGAUUUUUUGCUCAGAUCCGAUUUUUUUUGUUUG